AUGGGAAAGGGGAUACCGGAUGGAAGACGCAAGGGUGUGAGCCAACGAUUUCACACCACCACUGAUCCCAUGCUAUCUCCCCGAUUGGCCGGCGCCAGUGGAAGCAGGCGAAGUCGACUGGAUUUCCCGCAGCAGCUUAUUACUCACCUUCCAUCCUCAAAGCCAUACCUCACAAGUCGACGCCUUGCCCAACCCACCAUGACUCCGUAUAACGUCGUGCUGUUCGGCGAGUCGGGCUGCGGGAAAAGCUCCCUGGUGAACAUGCUUCUCGGCUUCGAAGCAGCGCCCACGUCCAGCGGAGCCAGAGGUUGCACAUUUGACAGCAAAGGUUACGAUAUCUGGAUCGAAGGCAAUCGUUUUAGGGUCCACGAUACUGCUGGCCUCGACGAAGGAGAAGAGGGUCGGGUGCCAAAAUCCGAAGCAAUCACCCAACUCUACUCCUUAUUGCGUUCUCUGGAGGGAGGUGUGAACCUUCUGGUCUUCUGCAUGAAGGCGCCGAGAAUCAAGGAGAGCGCCAAGCACAACUGGCUCCUCUUCCACGAGAUCAUGUGCAGGGGGCAGGUCCCUAUCGCCAUCGUCGUGACAGGCCUCGAGCAGGAGGAUAAUAUGGACGACUGGUGGGAGAACAACGAGGACACUUUUCGUCGAUACGGGAUGCAUUCACACGGGCACGCGUGUGUCACCGCCAUCCGUGGGAGGCUGAGAAGGGGAGAAUACACCCUGCAAACAGAAUACGACGAAUCCAAGGCCAAGGUCGAGCGGAUGAUCAAGAGGUGCUACAAAGAGCAACCGUGGCGCAUGCAGAGGGUCCAAUGGCUUGGGGAGGUAAUUUACGAUGUUACGUAUAAGUCGAGGUGGUGCCAGGAUCCCGAAGAGAUCAAGACGGCCGUGGGGAGAACCAAAGGUGCGGUCGACGAGCUCGUUAGCAAAUGCGGGAUGUCGGAAAAGGAGGCGGAGGAGCUAGGCCAAAAGCUGGACAGGAUGUGA